UCUUUUCAAUUUUCUUUUUAAUUUCUUUUCAAUUCUGUCAGAUGAGACAAUUAGGGUUUUGGAAGGAAUACUUAGACCUGAUGUCCAAAAUUAUUUGAGGAUACUCCUGCACCAUAUAGAGCUCUGUAAAGCAAGGGCCUCAUGUGGAGACUUUCAACCAAGAUCUCAAGACAAGUUAGACAAUUGGAAUGACACUCAUCAAACUUCUAGUAUAGCACACCACGACUUUACAGCUGAAUAUUGGCAAAACUUGGACUUUAUACCUUCAAUGCCUUCAUCAACACUAGCUGCUGCAGAUCAUGGACAGAUGUACAGAAAUAUAAACCUUUCACACACUAUAACACAUGAAACCUUGACAGAUUCACCAUCAAACCUACCAGCACCACCAUCAACCCUGCCAGCACCACCAACAACCCAGUCAGCACCAUAAUCAACACUGCCAGCGCCACUAUCAACACUGCCAGCGCCACCAUCAACACUGCCAGCACCACCAUCAACCCUGCCAGCACCACCAUCAACACUACCACCACAAUCACCACCACCCCCACCAUCAUCACCUCUGCUAGUGCCAUCCACUGAAAAUGAGACCCUUCACAUGUCAUCAC